ACUUUCCUUCUGUUUUGAUUUCCUUCAACUAAUUUUAAUUCCUUUCGAACUUGCUUGAUUUCUUUCCCUCCAUUUUGAUUAACGUUUAGGGUGAUUUGGGCAUGUCAUCUUCGUCAGGAUCUACGGUGAGUUUUCUGCCAAACUUGGCGACAUCAUCGCUAGUCAUCUGUUCGUCUUCCUCCUCUGCAAUGUCAUCACUGCUACUCUCCUCGCCAAGUCUGACAGAUUGUCCGUAGAGAAUCUCGAAGCCAACAAUGCCAAGGAUGAACUCUACGAGGAAGUCCUCAGAAACACUGAAAAUCGCCAACUGCCAUCUUCAGAAGAUGCUGCGGAACUCUCGAUAGAAAAGAUUGUUUACCAGGACAAGGAGAUCAUCUCUCAAGUGAACGCGAUUGAUUUGGAAACGCAGUGCAAUUUGGCGUCGAAUCUUGAUUUUGAUUCGGAUUUGGACAUGGAUAAUCUGAACUCUUACUGAAGGAGCAAGUCGAAGAAGUUCGUUAGAGCGAGUGUGGAGAAAGGAAAAAGGGAACUACGAAAAUUGGGCUGUUCCAAAUUGCUUUUUGAAGAAAAAAAAAGAUGAAUGAGAGGAGGAUUGUGAUUAAUUGUUUUUCACGUGAAGGUCAACUUGCAAAAUUGGAGUUAAUUGGACCAAAGGCAUUUCAGCUGCUUAAGAAAACAUUUCAUCCUGCUAAUAGCUAUUUAGAGGAUUCUUGGCAAUUGCAAAAAUGUUCAGUUGCAAAGGGUGAUAAUGAUUAUGAAGUAAAGAGCUUCUCUGUACCUGAAAAUGAGAAAGAUGUCCAGUCUUGUGCAGUUUUGUCUUUUACUGUCAAGGAUCCUCGUUCCUUUUUGGAUAAAAUAACUGGGGGUGUUCCUGGGCCAGCUUCAACCAGUGAAAUACGGGUAGUUGAAUCCAAAAGACAUGCACCAACGGCGGAUGGAGAGGCACCAAUAGCGGAUGGACAUGUUCUGCCUUGCAGGAGAAUUUGUAGGGGAGUUUAGCACAUACUGUCUCUUCCUUGUUAAGAGAAAGCCUCUUGGCUUUUGUGAUUGCAAUGAUAGUUGCAUUUGUAAUGAAGGAUUAGGUUCACUGAAUACAGUGUCAUUUGUUCCUAGGCAGGUUAAGGGUAGGAGAGGAUUUUGUAGGAUGUGUAUGAUUCUAUAGUAUCGAAACUUUGCCAAAACCUGGCACUCCAUGUAUUUUAGCAUUUGGUCAUGAUAUAAAAAUGCAAUAUUUUG